GAGUGUGGCCAGGAGGUGCUGUGCGCUCGGCUCUGCGGUGUAGGCCGCAUAGAACACGUCUGCGAGCCUGGGACUGCCUCCUGUGCGUCCCUCCAGAGGAAUUUUCUUCAGGCAAAAUUGAAUGUUUCAAUGGACAUUGCUUAAGAUCAAUGAGAAAAAGCAUCCCACCCUCUUCAGACUCUAGCUUUGACAAAAGCAUGGAAAUAUUGAGUGAAGAUGUCAAUGGAAGACACUUUACAAGGCAAUUGGCAAAACUGAAAGCAGACAAAAAGCCUGAAGAAUGUAAAGAAGUCUCCAGAUCGCAGAAGACCAGAGCUGAUGCAAAAGCUGCAGAAGAAAUCCAUGAAGAAAAUGGGGAUUUGGAAGUCCGACGAAGUUGCAGACUUAAAAGAAGUCGUUACACUGCUACAAACCAAUCUGUUUUGUUUGAUAAACUUAUAACAAACACUGCAGAAGCAGUGUUACAAAAAAUGGAUGACAUGAAGAAGAUGCGUAGACGCCGAAUGAUGGACUUAGAAGACCUUGGGGUGUUCAAUGAUGCAGAAGAAGAAAAUCUUGGUGUGUACUCCCGAGGAAAGAAGAAAAAAGACAUUCAAAGAACUGAUGAAGAAAUAGCUGACAAUCGAGAUGGGAGUGUAGAAUCAUCAGAAGAAGGUGAAGACCAAGAUGAUGAAGAUGGGGAAGAUACUCAGAAGCGUUAUGACCUUAGACAGAGGAAAACGGUUGUACGCUAUCAAGCUCCAUUGGAAAAACCAAGGCAACGUAAGAUUUUUUUUUCGGGACGAUCCUCUACUGUCAGACAAAGAUAUUCAUUCAGAAGUGCUCAGUCACAGAGCUCUUGCUGCAAAAGAACUAACAGACGGAGACACGCAGUCCACAACAGUGAUUCGACGUCCUCUUCCUCGUCAUCCUCAUCUGAUGAUGAAGAGCGUUUUGAGAGGCAUAGGAAGCGCAGCCGCAAUAGAGCUUUAAGAAGGUGUCUUCCCCUAAACUUUCGGAAAGAUGAAUUAAAGGGAAUUCACAAGGAUCGAAUGAAAAUUGGAGCGAGUCUGGCUGACGUUGAUCCAAUGCAAAUAGAUUGUUCGGUACGAUUUGAUGGUGUCGGUGGUCUUUCUGACCACAUUUCAGCGUUAAAAGAGAUGGUCAUUUUUCCAUUGCUUUAUCCAGAAGUCUUUGAGAGAUUCAAAAUUCAGCCUCCAAGAGGCUGUCUAUUCUACGGUCCACCAGGGACUGGAAAGACACUGGUUGCUCGGGCACUUGCUAAUGAAUGUAGCCAAGGAGACAGGCGAAUAGCCUUUUUUAUGAGAAAAGGUGCUGAUUGCCUAAGUAAAUGGGUGGGAGAAUCUGAACGACAGCUUCGUUUACUAUUUGAUCAGGCCUAUCAGAUGCGGCCUUCCAUUAUUUUCUUUGAUGAAAUAGAUGGCCUUGCUCCUGUGCGGUCCAGUAGACAGGAUCAAAUUCAUAGUUCUAUUGUAUCAACGCUUCUGGCACUUAUGGAUGGCUUAGAUAGCAGAGGAGAAAUUGUUGUAAUUGGAGCCACGAACAGACUGGAUUCUAUAGAUCCUGCUUUACGAAGACCUGGACGCUUUGACCGGGAAUUCCUUUUCAGCUUGCCAAAUAAAGAGGCUAGAAAAGAGAUUUUGAAGAUUCACACACGAGACUGGACCCCUAAGCCACUGGACAUGUUUCUUGAAGAGCUUGCUGAAAAAUGUGUCGGAUACUGCGGUGCUGAUAUUAAAUCCGUGUGUGCUGAAGCUGCCCUCUGCGCUUUGCGCCGACGCUAUCCUCAGAUAUACAGAAGCAGUGAGAAAUUGCAGUUAGAUAUCACUUCAAUUAAAAUAACAGCAAAGGAUUUUGUCGUGGCUAUGCAGAAGACUAUACCAGCUUCACAGAGGGCUGUGGCUUCACCUGGACAAGCACUGUCACCCAUUUCUAAACCACUGCUUGAAAAUACGUUAGAGAGAAUUUUAGAAGCCCUGCAGAGAGUAUUUCCUCAUGCAGAGCUUGGACUAAAGAAGGAUCAACAGCAAGAUGGUAUAAACCAUAUUUUGAAAAAUGAUUCGAUCUAUAGUGAUGAGGAGUCACCUUCAGUCUUUGAAGAUAAGCUGUCUCAUAAAAUGCCUGGUAGACAAAAGGAAAAAUUCCUCAACUUUAACAGAAAUGCUUGUUACCAGCCAACAUCUUACAGGCCGAGGCUCUUACUAGCUGGAGAGCCAGGAUACGGACAGGGUUCUCACUUGGCACCUGCAGUAAUACAUGCUUUGGAAAAGUUUGCGGUUUAUACACUGGACUUGUCAGUUCUGUUUGUUAGUGUCACAUCACCAGAAGAAACAUGUGCACAGUUGAUCCGAGAAGCUCAGAGGACAGCACCAAGUAUAAUUUAUAUUCCGCAUAUCCAUUUAUGGUGGGAGACAGUUGGAGUUGCACUGAAAGCUACUUUUACAACAUUAUUACAGAACAUUCCAACGUUUGCCCCAAUUUUGUUGCUUGCAACAUCAGAUGUAUGUCAUGCAGAUCUUCCAAAAGAGAUACAAGAUUUGUUUAUUAAUGAUUAUGGAGAAGUUUUCAAUAUCCAGUUGCCUAGGAAAGAAGAAAGAAGAAAGUUUUUUGAGGACUUGAUUGUAAAUCAAGCCGCCAAACCUCCUGCAUCGAAAAAGAAAGCAGUUUGGCAGGCCCUGGAAGUACUGCCUGUGGCACCGCCACCCGAGCCUCGACAACUAACAGAGGAAGAAAUAAAACAGUUGGAGGAGCAAGAGGAGGAUACACUUCGUGAACUUAGGAUUUUCUUAAGGGAUGUUACUCAUAGACUUGCUGUUGACAGGCGUUUCAGGGUCUUCACAAAGCCUGUUGACCUAGAGGAGGUACCUGAUUAUGUCACAGUUAUUAAACAGCCAAUGGAUCUUUCAACAGUUCUCUCUAAAAUUGACUUGCACCAAUAUCUAACUGCAGGAGAUUUUCUGAAAGAUAUUGAUCUAAUCUGUAGCAAUGCGUUAGAAUACAACCCAGAUAGAGAUCCUGGAGAUCGUCUCAUUAGACACAGAGCUUGUACUCUGAGAGAUGCUGCAUAUGCCAUAGUAAAGGAAGAAAUGGAUGAAGACUUUGAACAACUUUGUGAAGAAAUUCAAGAAUCUCGCAAGAAAAGAGGUUGCAGCUCUUCAAAGUAUGCUCCAUCUUACUACUAUGUGAUGCCAAAGCAGGACUCUGUUUCUGGCUGUAAGAAAACUGAUCACAAGUGUAAUGAAAAAACAAAGAUGCCUGUGGUGCCUGUAGAUUCCAGUACACCCCUGUCUAAUGCUGUGUCAAAAAGAAAACGUAGAAAGAACAAAUGGUCUUCAGGUAGUAUAACAAAGAGGAGAAAGAUUUUUCAAUUCAAUAAAGAGAAUAAAAUUCCAGAAGAAGACCAAGAUGAAGUAGAGAGUGGUGGAGAAGAGUGUGUGGAAAACGAUGUUUCUAACGUGGAUCAAACUGAAGUUGAGCUCCUACAAGAUUCUUGUGUGGAAGAAAGUGAAAAUGUUCUUCAAGAACGACAGACAAAUGGCUAUGAAAAUAAAUCUGAGACAGAAAACGAGAAAAUUGUCUUUGAGGUGGCUAAAUCUGGUUUUGAAAAGGAGAGUGCCAAGUUUCCUCGAUAUUUAGAGCUAAAAAAGAGAAGUGAAAUUUCUGGUUCCCAAAUAACAGAAAGUUUUGAAGAGGGCGAUUCAAAUGAUACUUGUGUACUUCACAUGACUCGGGCUAGACGUUCUCAGGUAGAACAGCAGCAGCUUAUGAGUGUCGAGAAAGCUAUGGAAAUUCUCGCAGAGCCAGCUUCCCCACUUAUUGUGGAUUACAAAGAUCUUAAGCAACUGUUGAAUUUUGUCAGUGAGAUAACUAAGAACUUCAAUAUAUUUCACUUGGAAAAAUUAUAUGCUGUGCUCAGUCAGUGUAUUUACCGACAUCGGAAAGAUUAUGACAAAACCGAAUUAGUAAAGGAAAUGAAGAAAGAAAUUGCAACCUUCCGUUGUGCUCAGUAAUGUGAUCUUCAGAAUACUUGAUUUCUGCUCCGUAAUGUUUUAUUU